AUGAUAGCAGGCCCUCCUAGAGAAAAUCAAUAUCCAGGGAUUGAUAUUCAUAGCAUCAGAAAUGUUGAUGUUCAAUCCGAGAUCCUUGACUUCAACGCCAACUUCUCUUCCAUGCUCUCUCCUUAUCCGCGACGGCAGCAUCAUGAUCCCACGAGAAUGGAGCCUCCGGACCUUACCAAUGGCCCAUCCGAGAUUGGUUCCCUGACUGCGCAUUCCAAGGAUGAGAGCCAAUUUGUCGGUAGCUCCAGUGGCGUCUACUUCAUCAAUACCGUCCGACGGGCUUUCUCCGAAAGUCUAGAUCCGAGUGGUUCAUCGCCUGCUCAAGACUUCCCCCAGCCCGAGGAUACCUUGGUAGGCAGUGAUGCCUCGCAUAAGACGUCCCCGGUUGCACUGCAGGAUGACCAGUUUCCGUGCCGAUGGGCAUAUGAUUCCGCAGUGGCAGCGGUCUUGGGGAACGCUCCCCCGCUUGAUACAGCUCGGGAACUCAUGAUGGUGUACUUCAAAGUUUGGCAUCCUUUGUUCCCUUUCCUACAUGGCCCUACUUUUUUACAGGCCAUGGAGGGACUCUAUUCAGAAGAUCGCCAGGAGCCAGCCCGUAACGAAGCGAUGGCCGAUCACCGACAUGUUUGCUGGACAACAAUCUUCCAGUGUAUCUUCAAUUUGGCCAAUUCUGUCCAUCCGGAGAUCAAUCUCCCGCUGGAGUCUCGGAUUGAAUCGCCCAGCAGCAUGCAUUCUCUCCUUGGGACGCUGACUAGUAAACAUGAUAUGUUGUCCUUGCAGGCACUUCUUGCUUGCCAACUAUAUCUGCUUGCAAGGAUGUCCCUCCGGACAGCCUCCACCGUAGGUGGCUGCAUGCUGCGUUCCAUGCUGCACGCUGGUCUCCAUCGCUGUCCGUACCGAUACAAGGAGCUCACAACCCACGACAGACAGUUGCGCAAGAGGAUCUUUUGGUGUGCCUACGCUAUUGAUCGGUACCUAAGCCAGGCACUUGGGCUGCCCCUCGGUGUGCAAGACUCGGAUAUCGACGUCUGUUCACCCAAUGCGCCUGAAAUCCAUAUACCAGGAAUGUGCAAUAGAUCCCAUUUCGUCCGGUCUACGUCGUAUGCUGAGCAAAGGGAACACCGCUCCCAGCUCACAAGCAACCAACACCUUGAAAACACCUCACCGCAUGCCUUCUCAGCCCACAGCAGCUCCUCAGCCGAAGAAGCCCAGCAAAACCGCCGCGAACUUGCCUUUGCAAGCUACGUCGAGUCCGGCACCCUGACAGGACGAGCCCUCGAGCUCUUCCACAAAUCUAUUACUGUGCGCUCCGUCCCACGUAGCUCCGUUCUAUUCCUCAUCACAGACGUCCAUAAAUGGUGGAACAAUCUCUCCAUCGAGACACUUCAAGGCCAACAACAACAACCACAACCACAACAGUCAUCCACCGACCAACCCCCAUCAUCCUCCCCAGCAGCAACAACCACCGCCGCAUUCAACUUCGCCCCCUUCUUCACUGUUCUUUACCAACAUCUCAUCCUCCUCAUCAACCGCCCCUCCCUCUCCCUCAGCCCUUCUACCCCCGAAUUCUGCUCCGGACUUCAAACUUGCAUCAAUGCCGCAAGGGAGAUCAUCUCCGCGUUAACGACGCAACAAGAAAGCGGUCAAUCAUUCUUCUGGCCCGGUUUCCUCUCUGCUGCCUGGAUGUCAGGUCUCGUCCUUGCAUUUGCAUGCCAACUCCGCCAAUACGUCCUGUCCAAGGGAGCUCAAGAAAUUACCAAAUGUCUCACAAUUCUGCACACCAUGUCCACGCAAUGGGACGCAGCCAAGCACUGCCACAGGGCGCUUUCCCUUCUAUCUCGGACUAUCCAUGAAAAUACCACCACCGCAGGUGAUCCAUCAUCAUCACCUAACAAACGACGAAAAGUAGUAGUAGAUCCUCACCAGACUACCUUCUUCACUCCCAUUAACUCGCUAUCCACGACCAACUUGAAUGAAGAAUAUGCAAGAGGACGGGCAGGAAGGAGAACCCCUGCUACUGCUACUGUUGCAACAACAUCUGGCCUGCAUGAACCUACUAACACUAGUAGCCAUGUACACUUGUCUCACGAAGAUCGUUUGUUCUCUGCGGAGGGGGUUAGUACUACGAAUGAUAAUAAUGGAGAUGCGGUGGGAGAGUUUGAUUUCGGGAUUGUGGAUCUGCUGGAAGGGAGUAACUUUGAUGAUCUGGCGGAUAUGUUUGGGCAGCAGUAUCCUUCUUUUUGA